AUCAUUAUCUUCAUAUGUGUAUAUGUAUAUAUGUAUGUAUGCAUAUGUGCAUAUGUGUUUUUUGACAAUGUCUGCCUACAUAGUCUUCACUAGCAUGGAGCUUGAUAUGUAGACCAGACUAACCUCAGACUCUUACAGAUACACCUACUAUUUUGUAAAUGUAAAAUCAAGGAGUCUUAAUACUCCCAUGACUUAAGUUAACUACUAAUAAAAAGUAGUAUGUUUUAUAUUUUUCCUGAUUCAUAUGAGAGAGAGACAAAGAGAUAAAGAAUACAAUGUGAUGGUAUUACCAAUUAUAUUAUGGAUUCAACCAACAAAUAUUUACUAGAGAGGAGGUAAAUAUUUGCAACUUCUAAAGAGUUGUCUUGAAAUAAAUAUUUAUUUAUUUAUUUGGGGAAAAUUUUAAUGAGCCUUUUUUGAGUUGGACAUUCAAAGAAUUAGUGGUUUGAUUAGGAGUAUGGACUUUAUUUGUAUUCUAAUUCAAACAAGCGAACAACAAGAGACAUUUUGUAGAAAACUAGGAGAGCCCAAACAGACUGAAUUAUAAUUAUUUCUAAAUAUGUCAAUCGUGGUAAUAAUAUUGUAAUUAUAUUUUAAAGGGCAUUGGUAACUAGAAAUGAUUAAUGAAUAUUUAGAGAUAAACAUAGUCUAUGUGAAAUUUGCUUUUGAAUAUUCUAGAUAGAUGUAUUUACAAAUUGUUUUAGGAGAAAAAUACUAAAUGAAAAAAUUCACAAAGACACAUGGUGGCGCUAUAGGAUAAGAUGAAACAGUGCAUAGCCAGCUCUGUGGGCUCCUCCAUCCAGAGGAUGAGAGAACAGCCAAUUCAUUGAGGAGGGAGGUAUUACAGGAGCUUCACCGACAGAGCUGCCAAGGGAUCUACAAUAGAAACAUCGGACCUUCGUCUCUCAAAAUUGAGACCAAAUUUAAUUUUGCAACAAAAGAGGUCGCCUGCAGGAACUAUGGGAACUAGAAGGACGCUCAUUCUGUGGAAAAGGCAAGUCUUGGUUUUCUUUGUUUUGCUGGGAUUGUCUCGGGCGAGUACUGAAUCUUUGCACUACUCUGUAGAGGAGGAAACAGAAGUUGGCUCUUUUGUGGCUAACCUGGCAAGGGACCUGGGCCUGGGGGUUGCGGAGCUAUCCUCCAGGGAUGCCAGAGUAGUGUUAGAUGAUAAUAAAAAGCAUUUACACCUUAAUUUGCUAACCGGAGAUAUGCUCCUGAGUGAGAGACUGGACCGGGAAGAGCUGUGUGGCUCCACCCAGCCCUGUGUGCUGCCUUUUCAGGUGGUACUGGAAAACCCUCUACAGUUUUAUCGAGCUGAGCUGCAUGUCAGAGAUAUAAAUGAUCACUCACCUAUGUUCCUGGACAAAGAAAUAACUAUUAAAAUGCCAGAAAGUGCAACUAUUGGAUCCACAUUCUUAAUUGAGAAUGUGCAAGAUCUGGACAUAGGAAGCAACAGUCUCCAGGAAUACAGCAUUAGCCCUAAUUCUCAUUUCUAUGUUAAAAUUCAUGACGGUGGUAAUGGAAAGAUAUAUCCGGAACUGGUUCUAGACAGAGCUUUAGAUCAUGAGGAGGAAUCUGAGCUUCGAUUGACACUUACAGCACUGGAUGGUGGGUCUCCACCCAGGUCUGGGACAACAUCCAUUCUCAUAAAAGUCUUGGACAUCAAUGAUAACGCUCCUGAGUUUGCCCAGAGUUUGUAUGAGGUGCAGGUCCCAGAGGACAUGCCCAUUGGUUCCAGUAUUAUUGCUAUCUCUGCUAAAGAUUUAGAUUUAGGAAAUUAUGGGAUAAUAUCAUAUUCAUUUUUGCAAGCAUCAGAAGGUAUUAGAAAAACCUUCGACAUCAACCCAACUUCUGGGGAAGUCAACUUGAGGUCAUUACUGGAUUUUGAAGUAAUACAAUCCUAUUCUGUAAAUAUCCAAGCAACAGAUGGUGGAGGUCUUUCAGCAAAAUGCACUCUUUUAGUCAAAGUAUUGGAUAUAAAUGACAAUGCUCCAGAAGUGACCAUAUCAUCAAUUACAAACACAAUUCCAGAGAAUGCUUCAGAGACCCUGGUUGCUCUUUUCAGUGUCCGAGAUCAAGACUCUGGGGACAACGGAAGGAUUCUUUGCUCUAUUCAGGACGACCUUCCAUUUAUUCUGAAACCCACCUUCAAGAACUUUUUCACUCUACUUUCUGAAAAAGCACUGGACAGAGAGAGCAAAGCUGAGUACAACAUCACCAUCACAGUCACCGACCUGGGCACACCCAGGCUCACAACCCAGCACACCAUAACAGUGCAGGUCUCCGAUGUCAACGACAACGCUCCCGCCUUCACAGAAACCUCCUACACCCUGUUUGUUCAGGAGAACAACAGCCCCGCCCUGCACAUAGGCACCAUCAGCGCCACAGACUCAGACUCAGGCUCCAAUGCCCACAUCACCUACUCGCUGCUGCCCACCCACGACCCGCAGUUGGCCCUCUCCUCGCUCAUCUCCAUCAAUGCAGACAACGGGCAGCUGUUCGCGCUCAGGGCGCUGGACUAUGAGGCCCUGCAGACCUUUGAGUUCCGCGUGGGUGCCACAGACCAAGGCUUGCCUGCGCUCAGCAGCCAGGCUCUGGUGCGCGUGCUCGUGCUGGACGCCAAUGACAAUGCUCCCUUCGUGCUCUACCCUCUGCAGAACGCGUCUGCUCCCUGCACAGAGCUGCUGCCCAGGGUGGCACAGGAACCCGCACAGGAAGAUGACGUCCUCACAUUCUAUUUGGUCAUUGCCUUGGCUUCUGUGUCUUCCCUCUUCCUCUUGUCUGUGCUGCUGUUUGUGGGGGUGAGGCUGUGCAGGAGGGCCAGGGCAACCUCUCUGGGUGGCUGCACAGUGCCUGAGGGCCCCUUUCCUGGUCACCUGGUGGAUGUCAGUGGGGCGGGGACCUUGUCCCAGAGCCACCAGUAUGAGGUGUGUCUGAUGGGAGGUACUGGGACAAAUGAGUUCAAAUUUCUGAAGCCAGUCAUCCCCAGUCUUCAACUCCACGAAGCUAGUUCUAAUAUGCAGGAAAAGGAAAACUUUAGGAAUAGUCUUGGAUUUAAUAUUUAAUAAAAUCUGCUUUAAACUGUUAAUAUUUUCCUAUUAUUAAUAGAUUGCAGAUGCUCUUUUUUCUUAAUCUGUAAUAGAUUUUAGGUUUUACUGAUGUUGCAUGCGUUUUCAUUUCACAUGUUUUUCUCGCAGUUGUUUCUAAAAUCUUUAUGGGGCUAUAGUGAUGUAAAGAAACAUUCUGCACCUCUUGUUUAUUUUGUUGAAGUUAUAUGUUAAUGGUUCUGCUGUUUGUUAUGGAAGACACAGAAAUGGGAAUGCUGACUAAAGUGUUGAGAGUAAAUGUGUUGAAUUGGUGGUUACUGUCACAUGCAGGCAGAUCUGGGUGGAUCUACAA